UGCAAAUCAGCAUCAACAAUGACCUUACUUGAUAUUUGCAAGUAUAAGAGCCCUGACCUCUUCAUUAUCCCUCGACCUGAAGUUCAUUGAAAAGCAACAUUGUUUCUUUAAGAAUUGCACUUGCAGUCAUCGUUGGCUCUGUCCAUUGUUUGGGGGUAGUGAGGGGGGACAGAACGCGAGUUGAGAGAUUGAUAUACGGGGCCGAGGGCGAGAGAGACGCACAUCUUCAGCGGACCAGCUGCGGAGUAGUCAACAAGUCCUGAACGCUUCCUUCAAGACAUGGGUUGCUAUGACUGCUGCAUGCGCUGCUUGGGCGGGGUGCCAUAUUGCUCCCUUGUCGCCACACUGCUCUGCUUCUCUGGCAUUGCCCUGUUCUGCGGUUGCGGUCACCAGGCGCUCACUGAAACGGAGAGACUCAUCGAAACGUAUUUUGCCCGGAACCUUCAUGACUACAUCACUCUAGCCUAUAUCAUUCAGUAUUUCCAGUAUGUCAUCUAUGGUUUGGCCUCCUUUUUCUUCCUCUACUGCAUUGCUCUCCUGGCUGAGGGCUUCUACACCACAAGCGCUGCCAAGCAAACCUUUGGAGAGUUCAGGAGCACCAUGUGUGGUCGCUGCCUCAGCUCCUCGUUCAUAGUGAUGACGUAUCUUCUUGCUGUGCUGUGGCUGCUGGUGUUUGCCUUCUCCGCCUUGCCAGUCUACUUCUUCUACAACAUGGAUGCAACUUGCAGCACCAUUGCUGUUCUGACUGAGACCCCAGCGAGUAUAAACCAGCUCUGCGUUGAUGCAAGGCAAUACGGGCUCUUGCCAUGGAAUGCAGUACCAGGAAAAGCUUGUGGUAUGACCCUGUCCAGUAUUUGCAAAACCAGAGAGUAUCAGAUGACCUAUAACCUGUAUGUUGCUGCCUUCGCUGGUGCGGGCAUCACUCUCUUGGCUCUGGUGCACUGUUGCCUUCACUUGGCUGUGUACCAAGUGUAUGUGAAAACACUGAAGCACAGGGCCAAAGAGAAGAGAAGAGGCUAUGACCUUUAUAGAAGGAUGCAGAGGGACAGAGGGGAGACACUGUGCUCUCCGUACUCUGCUGACACAUUUGACAUCUCCUGACGGCGCUGAAGUUCUGCUGAAAGAGCUGCUCAUUACAGCCGUCACAAUUAAUCGGAUAGGUCUGUGUUGUAUAUUGUUUCAGUUUAACAGUGGUUGCGUAGUUUGAAUUGCUUUGUUUUCUCUAGGAUACGAGACAGUAUUCACUCAAUCUUAAGUUGUAAACUGGAAUAUAUGUAAGGUGUUAUUUUUGUUAAUCUGGGCAUAAUCUUUGUAUUUAGUGCUUCUAGUUGAUUUCCAUUAUCAAAUUUACCUAAGUCUACAGUUUUGAAAAGCUGAUUGGAUUUGUCUGUGCCCAGAUCUGAUUUCAAUGUGCAGUGCAUGCUUAAUGUCCUUUUACUGAAGGGAAAAUAAAAAUGCAAUGCAUGUUUGAUUUCCAUUUUAAUGAAGAGGAACACAGUUGACUGUUUCCAAGGACAACACUUUUUUUUGGUUGUUUAGGACACACUGGGUGAUGCAAUGAAACUCAAAUAAGAGAGAGGGCAGGUAAAAUGUCACCAUGAUGCUAUAAUUUCAUAUCUUGAUAUUUAGAAACAAUCUAUGCAGCAAUAACAAUGUAAGGAAUUUUUCAUGUGACUACAGAUGGCAAGAAAGUGAUCUGGACCAAGUAAUAUAUUCAUUUUUGUUUCAGAAUGAAAAAGAAGGAAAUUAGUAGUCUUCCAGGUGUAAAAAUGCAAACGACAGAAUCACCAUCUGGUAUGAUGCACACUUUAUUUGAAGCCAAGCACUAGAGAUCAAUUCGUCAGUGUUGCUAUUACUAGUGCAAAGUAGAGGAAGGGCAGCUGUCUCAGAUCAGCACAUAAUCAAAAUGAAACUAUUGUUCUGCACAGAUCGAGCUGCACUCAUGAGUUGAACACAGGCAGUAAAACAAUAUUCUUUUACAUUUUAAAAAUGUAAAAUAAAAAAAAACAUAGAUUACAUUCAUAAAUAUCAGAUACAUGGAAAAAAUUAUCAGAACAUGGGAAAUGUUAUGCUCUUGGCUAACAUUGAUUUUACUAACAAGGUUGAUUUCAGGUUUAAAAAAAACACAUGACAGUCUUUACUAUGCAAACUAGAUAAAACUCAAGCAGCAGUGUAAGAAAAUAGAUUAAGUUAAAUCACAAAAAUAACUCACAGCUAUUAGCCCUCAUUUUAAAAGUUGGUGUAGUUUUUAAAUUACAUCUUUAGCUCACAGUUUUUGUAAAACAACGCAACCCUGGGUCAUCUUACCCCUUUGCUAAUUUGCACCAAAGAGUUGCAUUUUUAAACUUACCCAUGUCGUCCCAUUUAAUUUCUAUUGGUAGGAGAUAAAGGUAAUUGCAAAAAUGUUUAAAUCCUCUAUAUUUAAAUAUGAACCAUUUACACUGAUUGAAGUGCUGAUCUCAUUUUGUAAGCCUGUUGUGCAAUUUACGAAACACAAGAGUCAUCUGAUCAAAAUAAAAUAACUGAACAAGUAGUGGGUAGAUUUUAGUCUCCAAGCCACAUUUCCUUACAGCAUAGCUACCGGGAGGUGGUUGGCUAUUUAAGUCAAAGGUUGGCAAUGUAAGUAUGGGACAUCUACAGGACGGAUAUAAAUGGAGGCAGGGGUUUUAGGUCAUGUAGCAGACUUCUCUUUUUCAUAUCAGAAACAUCCAUGUAUUAAAAAAUUAAAAACUACAGUAGUACAAAGUAUCGAAGAGGUGAAAUGACCCAACACACUCCACAUUGUCAGCUUAUAUAUAAGCUUGAUUAAUGUAACAGUACCUUAUUCAGUUCACUUUCACAGUGAAUUCUUGCAAUUACCAUUAGUUCAAAAAGACAAAUGUUUACAACUUUUGAUCUUGGUAGGUAAACAAUGCAUCUCAGGCUGUGACAGACAAACAAAAUGCAUCAUAAUGAUGCGAGAAUAUAGGACCCUCUAGUUAAAAAGAUAAUCAAUACAUUUUAUCU